AUGACCGUGGUUGGCGACCUGACGCGUCUUUUCCUCGGCGGAGACUCGUUUGAGCGCUCUUCAUCGGUAAGUUUGAGCGACUUUGUGGCUGUCCACGGAGGCACAACCAAACUCCUCUUUGAUUGCCUCGCGUUCGAGCUGGGGUUCCAGUCCGGGGCGCUGCGCGAGACUGCGACCACAGCGAGUGGGAGCAGCGGCAGUGGCCCGCUCUCCUUCGUGAGUCGUUUGCGGCAGACGUUUGGCGGUGGCACGGGCAGUGAGGACAAGAGCGCUGGUGGCAGCGGAGGUGCCUACCGUUUCCCUGUGGAAAAAUACCUGCUUCGUGUCGCAGACGUCAAUACACACAUUCCUGCAAAUAUCUACCUAUCCAUGUCGAGCGGUGGUGGAUCCCAGCAUCCGUUCCGGCUCACUGAGCGCCUCACUGUGGUCCAGGGCCUUCGCCGCGCUUUCCAGCAAGCGCCCGCCUCGUAUAAGGUUCUGUUCGAUACCGACGGCGACCUGCACUUCUCCGACUAUACCCGGAUCGCUAUUGGUGUCGCAGACCAUUUGGUGGUGCCACUCUUCCCCUCGUUUACGGACUUCCACCGCGUCGAGACGUUUAUGGAGGAGCUCUUCCAAAUGCGUCAGAACGGAGAGACUGACGCCAAGGUACAGCUCAUGGUCUGGAACAAUGUCGAUGUGCACUACAAUCGGCCAUGGUUGCCGGUAUCCCGAAACGUGACGCCCACCAAGGCAGCUCAAACGGUGAUUGAGAAACUCAACUCGCUACUGGCUGGGGUCGCAGCUCAGUAUAGUACGCUUUUCGUGCAGCCCAUUCCGGAUAAUGCAAGCCCCGUGGAAGCCAGUGAGCACUUUUCGGAAACGAGCUCCAUGAUCAUGCGAACCUUCGGGGUAACCGGUAUGGCUAGCGCGGAUCUGGGCAUUCCUUUUGCCUGCAUGCAACCAGGCACUCUGACUGGUGGCGCCGUCGAGUACCACGUCAGCGCCGAAAUGCUGGAGCUGCUACGCGCGAAUGUGCGCGAGCUCGCCGAUGUGCUCUGA